AUGGAAACACACCAUUUCGUUCUAUCGCAACAAGAACCUGCUUCCUCUUCUACCCUCCUCUUUCUUCUUCUUCUUUUCUCUUUUCCAUUAUCUUCCACAACUCUCUGCUCCGCAAUUUACAAGGCUAAUUGUGAUAACUGAAACUUUAAUGUUGAGGAUCUGACACUUCUCAAGAUAGAAUGAGAUGCACGUUCGAAGAGUAGUUGCUGGAGUCUGUCGGAAUUUCAUUAUACAUUUCUCUUGAGAAAUAGAAGGAUUUUGGAACUGUCUGGUAGUUCUAGAUUACAUAGACGAUCGUCGUUUCCCUGCGUUAAUAGCUAUCAUCGCGGAUAGAAGCACUCAAAUGUCAUUAUUAGUUGAGUUUCACAAAUAGAUUUGCAUUUUGAAAGCUUUAGAACUGAAAUUCGGACACUUUCCCAGUUUUCCUACAACGUGGGACUUGAGUUUUAGCAGAACCGGAUUUAGGAAAUUGAAAAAUCUUCUCCUUUUCUCUUUCGGUUACCUUAGUUUCAGAAGGAGUUAAUCGCUCGACAAGUGUAACUUUUUUAAGUUUGUGAGGCCCUGAUUUGGUUUGAGACUAAAACCAGCAACCCAGAGAGUGAAGGAAGCCGAUUCCAUGUUUAGUCAUGUAAUUGAUUGGUGGUUCUAAGUAUUUGAAAGGACGAGAGGCAUUUGAGUAGAGCCUUCCAAGACCAGUUCAAUUGAUUCCUUUACGUUUUUUUCCCGACAUUGUGUUAGCUGUCAAAACAUUCAAGUUCUUUUUCCAUGUGCAAAUUGAAUCUUAAGAUUAUAUAUCUCAUCUUAAAGAAUUUCAUACUCUUCGGUUCUCCCUCUCGUAAUUGUCAUCGUCCAAUUUUGUCUUGACGCAUGCUCACGGCGCACAAUUCCCAUGGCUUGUCGGAAAUCGUGGGCCGUCCGAUGCACAUCCUGUUAUCUUUUACCUCGUUCGUUUGAUUAUAGUACACAUAAUAUGAUGUAACCUAAGUUAAAAAUCGGAUGUGGAUGAGACCGCACGGGUGCUAGAAGGGAAGGGCAAGGAGAUGGAGAAAGAGUCAGUUAUUCGGAGCAACAACAACAUAUGUAGCGUUAGAGAGAAAAGUGGAGGGGAUGGGUCGUUGCUGUUGAGGGGGAGUUCAGAAAGCACUCGGCAAACAACGACGUCGGAUUUGGUGCUGCAGUGGGGAAGCCGGAAGCGGUUAAGGUGCAUGAAGGUGCAGGUCAAGGACGACUCUUCCGGCCCGGUUCAGAGGACUACGGUUCGGGUCGAUCGUCGGGUCGUUAGAACCGAUAAGGAUUCUUUAAAUAAGCCCACGUUUGCUCUCAAUAAUAACAACAUUGGACACACUCAUAAUAAUAAUAGUAACGGGUAUCCAAAUCUCCGUCAACGACCGUCUUCGCCGCAACAACGAAUUCUCAGGAACUCAGAAACUUCAAGUGCCAUGAGAGGAGGGCAAAGCAACGGGGGUGUUAGGGGAAUUGCCUCACCGGACAGGGGUGCGCACGAUAAGAGGGGGACCCAUAACAACCACCUUAAUGAUAAUAACAAAUCCGCCGCCUCAUCGGAUACCGCGCACGAUAGCAAGAAAGGUGGGUCGCCGUCCGGCAGCGGGGACGCGGCUGCUCCGCCCGUGUGGCCACCCAAGUUCGUGAUUGCCUUGACCAACAAGGAGAAGGAAGAAGAUUUUCUCGCCAUUAAGGGGUCAAAGUUACCUCAGAGGCCCAAGAAGAGAGCUAAAUUGAUUCAACGCACUCUUAAUCUCGUUAGUCCUGGCGCAUGGUUGUGCGAUCUUACCUUGGAACGAUACGAAGUUAGGGAGAAGAAAAUAUCCAAAAAGAGACCAAGAGGUUUGAAAGCAAUGGGCAACAUGGAGUCGGACUCUGAAUAGAGAGAGGAGUGAAUGAGGAGAGAGGAAGAGACAGUGAAGGAAGGGUGCUUUAUGUUUGCUAAGGAUGUAAGAAAUGUUGAGAUAUUGUAAAGCAUAGCAAGCCAUGGCACCGCAGCUGCGUGCCAACAAAUCCAAAUGAAAAUAUAAAUAUUUUAGCUUUGGCACUGCUUAAUUUCCACGCUUUCACGAUACUAUUUUUUCUUUUACUGUCUGUGGAAAAGUGCUCCCCAGUUACCAAUGACGAGGUGCCAAUUUUACGAAGGAUGAGCUUCUCGAAAUGGUUUGUCGGAUUUACAGAACCUGUGCAAAAAUUGACAGCUCGAGAAUCUUUAACGGCGAUAGUCUUCACUCUUUAUUCAAAUAAGGAAUUUUAUUGUUUCAAUCGUUCAAAAUUAAUAUUAUAUAUAAUGUUUAUUGGUGUCUUUUUAGUGGUAUAUGAAACAUUAUUGGAAAAUAAAAGUCAACUCAUCGGUCAUUGUUUCAUUUUUUAUUUUUGCUCAACAAGAUUAUAUGGAACAGGGAUCUGAAUU